AUGUCCUCUUCAGCUCUGACCCACCUUCUUCCCGCGACACCAGCUCAACCGAUCGCGUCCGCCCGACUCCUGACACCUACAACACACCCGAUCCCUCUGCUCUCCUCGCCGUCGGCGAAGAAAUAUAGCUAUAUCCAUACCCUGGUGGUGGUGAUCUACUACUACAUCCGCGCAUCCGCGCUGGUCGCCGACCCGUUCCCGAUGAUGCUCACGGAUCUGGUUGUCGUUGGUCUCGCGCAGGCUGUCUUCUGCGCAGUUUGUCUUCCUAGUGCUGGGUCCUGGGUCAACGGCACAGCCGCCGGGAAGAUCAUUGAUGGAACGGGCGCGAAGGGGUCCCGAAAUACUGCUACAAAAGGGGCGGCCUCGGGGUCGGGCUCAGGGAAUGUUAGGAAGAAGCUUGGGAACUCUGGUGCAGGGAAGGGUGAUGGUGCUGGAGGCAGCUGGAGAGGCAGGGUUAUGCCAACUUUCUUCUCCCUCAUCCUGACACUCAUACUCCCACCUCUCCCUUUGACGAUCAUCGCCCUCGUUCUCGGCGCACCGCUGUAUCCGACCUCCCUGCUCCCUCACACGCUCCUGCUCGCCGCGCACGUCUCGCUUCUCGGCUUCCUCCCUAUUUUCUACACGCACGGAGUCUCGUCCUCAGCAUGGCGGGAUGUUGCGGCUGCAUGGCUACCCUUUGACGAAGCCGGCGUGUGGGCUGGCACCGUGGGCGCCAUGGUCGGCGGAUGGGUCGGUGCCGUGCCGAUGGCUCUCGAUUGGGACCGCGAGUGGCAGAAAUGGCCUUGUACCGUGCUUUGGGGCGUGGUGCUGGGCUGGGCGAUCGGUAGGGUAGUGACAAAUGUGGCUCGAUUGGGAGUGGGAGUGAGGAUCAAUCUGAGUGAGAAAGAGGUGGAAACCGAGCCUGAUCUGCUCCCCACAGGACCAAUGAAGACGUUACCCGGCACUACCAAGAAGAGCGAUGGAAGUCAUGAACCCCGUUGA